AUGUUCUCGAACCACGACUACACGCCGCGGAUCUCCCCGAACUGGUCCACGAUUGAUGGUACGAUCCGCGUCGGACGUGAGGCUAAGGGUACCAUCACCGCCAACCAGUUCAUCAAGGACGGUCCCCAUCUUUGGCUGACCCCGGAUGAGGUAGGCGAGUCAGCGACGACAGGGUCUGGAAUCCGGCACCGCGCUUGGCCCCACGCCACGUCGAGCCAACUCAGCCACCAACGCCUCGUCGAUCACAUGUUGAUGCAGCCAAUUGACCUAUCAGAUGCGCCCGGUGGAACUUGCCAUGAUUUAGACGCCUGA